AUGAUCAUGGAGGAGGUUGCUAGGAACUUGGACCAGGAAGCAGUUGGAGAGCUUGUAGCUGAGGAGGAACAGCUUGAACCUGAGGAAGCAUUGGAGGCUUUGGCCAUAGCAACUGGUCCAGUCACUAGAUCACAAACUAAACUGCUCAACGAAGACAUUGGAAGAGUACUUAGCCGUUUAAGUCGGCAGCCAUUCAUUCCAUUACCAUCUAUCAAUUUCCAUCGAUCUAUUCAUCCUUUCAUCAUUCCAUUCCAUCUCGCCAAGUCCUUUGAAUCCAUUCACUCCAUCGCUACAAUUCAACAUCUACUUGCUUCAAAGUGUCGAUUCUCUACAAGGGAUUUAUCACCUCAGGACUUUCAUCGACAAGUUCAAAGGCGUAGCCUCGCGCCUCACGGCAACCGGCACCGAAGCCUCCCAGCACUGAAAAACGGGCUAUGGUACGAAUCGGCUUUCCGCGACGACCUGAUACUCAACAAUCCCCGCACUCUGGAAGAUGCCCUAUGCCGAACCAACAUCUUCAUCGCCCUGGAAGAAGAAAAGGCUGCCAUGGCAAAACGCCACACCCCCACUAAAACGCAGGCGCCCAAGGAGAAAUCAAAGGAGAGCACUACGAACCAAGGCAGCACUACGACAGGAGCUAUCGGAACAACGAGGCCGAACGCAGGGCCACGAACUGUUAUGUCGGGAACGAUCGCCCCCGCGAACAACCAAGCCAGCCGGACCGAUCAUGUCAGAGCACCCCCAGUGGAACAAAUACGUCCGCCCAGCCGACCCGAGAUCGUCCCAAGGAGAAGGAUCUUCGCAGUCUACUGCGAUUACCACAAGCGCCCUGGCCACGCUACAGCGCAAUGCCGACACCUGCAGGAGUACCUCCUCGGCAAAUUCACCAACGGAGAUAUCGGGAUCCGAUCCAGCCUCUUUUCAAAGGAACCCGAAUCGUCCGCCUCCGAACGCCCAAGGAGGAGCGUCGGAACCCCAGCAGGCCAGGAGAUUCCCGCCCGCAGGACCCAGUCGCGACAGGAAAACGCCGAUCAACAGAAACAGAACCACGAAGAAACGAACGCCUGCACGACUACGGAAGGAAGACGUCCACGGCUCAACAGUGGAAGCAGGACGUCGGCCGAGCUCGACGAGGCGAGUGUCAUUUCCUUGAAGGACUCGGACGCCAACGGUCUUCACCCCGCACAACGAUCCUCUGAUGGAACUCCAGGACUGCCGAAUAAAACCCAAGAAAAAGCCUCUGACAGGAUUCUCCGGAGACACCACCAUGACGGUCGGCACCAUCAAACUCCAGUACGAGUAGGACAGGUCACCAAGAUCGUCAAGUUCGUGGUGGUCGACAAGCCGGCAAUCUACAACGCGAUCAUGGGAACCCCGUGGAUCCACUCACUAAAAGCGGUCGCCUCGACGUACCACCAAUGCCUCAAGUUCCCAACGCCGAACGAAACCGUCACGAUCCGAGGAAGUCAGGAGAUGUCGAGAAUAUGCUUCGUUGCCGAGCACAAGCUACGUCAUUCAUCCCAAACCUGCGUCAUCGCCGCAGCUUCUCCGACCGUCGAAUCCAGCCUCCCGCCCCAGAGCGAGCCCCCUCGAGAGUUGGUCAGCCAGGAGAACAUCGACGACCGGGAUCCAGAACGCUGUGUUGGGAUCGGCACGGAAAUCUCGACCGCCCACGAGCUAAACGUCGACCCGACGUUCAAACCGAUCAAACAGAAGCGGAGAAAGUUGGGCCACGAUCGCGCUCAAGCGGUAAACGACGAGGUCGAGCGCCUAUCCAAAGCGGGUUCUAUCGUCGAAGUGCGUUACCCGGAGUGGCUCGCGAACCCGGUCGUGGUGAAGAAGAAGAACGGCAAAUGGCGUGUCUGCGUGGAUUUCACCGAUCUCAACAAGGCGUGCCCCAAAGAUAGCUACCCGCUCCCGCAUAUCGAUCGGCUCGUAGAGGCAACGGCAGGGAACGAGCUGCUAUCCUUCAUGGAUGCUUUCUCCGGUUACAACCAGAUCCAGAUGCACCCGGACGAUCGGGAGAAAACAGCUUUCAUAACCGAUAGGGGGACCUACUGCUACAAGGUCAUGCGUUCGGCUUAA